CUCCCACAGUUCGAUGCCUUCGAAAGGUCGACGGUGACGUCAUGCCGUACGCCGACUGUGAUUGGUCGGCGUAGGUGGAAGUGCUACAAACGGUGUCAUUCACAAAGUAACAAGAAUACAUUUACAAUAGUGAUAAAGAAUGCACUUAACUUUGAAAUAGUAUUGAGAUCCUUUUCCCGGGCAAUUUUUUUUCACACGGAUCUUUUGAAGUUUACGUGAAACCAAUUCGGGGUCGUAUUUUCCGUUUCUUCACUGAUUUAUCAGGACUCACGCUUGGGAGAUUUUUUUAAAGUUAUAUGGUUUCAAAAAUGUCCUCUAAAAUGGCGGGCUCAAACAACCUGGCACAUGCUAGGAGGAUGGUACAGCAGCUGAAAGUCGAGGCCAGUAUCGAGAGGAUAAAGGUAUCCAAGGCCUCUGCUGACCUCAUGCGUUACUGUGGAGAAAACGCCAAAUACGACCCCCUGCUCAUGGGCAUCCCUGCCUCAGAAAACCCCUUCAAGGACAAAAAGCCCUGCACUAUAUUGUAGUGUAACUAACGCUAUGGUCAUCUUAUUUAAUUACUUCUACUCAACUUUGCCUUACGUCCAGCUCUUGCUCCUUAGUAUAACUUUGUGCCAUGUCUUAACUAUAUUUAGCUCUUACAGUAUUUAUUACUGUAAAUAAACUCCAAUCAGUACUAAUUAAUUGCCAUUUUGGUAAUGAUUAGCAUUGCAUCUCAUAUUUACCAGCAUCCCUUGUCUUCUGAUUGGUUGUUUGGGGCCAAACUGAAGUCAUUCCAGGAAAUAACACCAUUUUAAAACAUCUAAAUUGCUGUGAUUUAUGUGAUUAAGUUCCUCUUUCCACCAAAUGGUGACUGUAGUUACACUUUUUAGUUGAAAUGUAAAGAGCUAGCAACUACGCUGAUUAAAUCCCCCUUAAUCUCUAAUAUGUAGACUUGGGUUAAAUACUCCUCUUGUAGCAUCUAUGAAUAAUGUUAUAGCAAAGGGACUGACUGAAAUAAAUGAAAUUGAAAGAUCCAUUUUUCAUACUGGAUAAUGAAUCUGACGUGGCUUCUGCAAUCACCACUGGUCAAGUGCAUGCUGGGUAAAUAAAACAAUAUAGUAAGCGAUAUCACAUCAAACAAAUACUGAUUUGUUUUCAAUGAAAGGAAGUACCACUAUGUGCAAACUCAAAGCCAUUAGAGAAAAGUUAUUAGAGUGGUUUAUGAAAAAAGAGAACCGAUUCCAUUACCCUGCACUUUCAAACCCAUGUGCCUUAGGUUGUUCAAAGCAUUCCUUACUUAUCACAGAUUUAUACGAAAGAAAAGAUGAGACUUUUUAUCUGUUUACCCUGAGUAACUUUUCUAUUCUGAUGAUGCUUUAGAUUUAAAGUGCAUUUUCCUUCUGAUUUAAACGUUUCUUUCCUCUGCCAAGGCACAAUUUUUAAAGGAAGACCACUGCUGUUUGAUCUUGUUUAUGAUUUGAUUGUUUUUUUUCUAAACGGGGCAGUCGUGAAACGUUACGUUAACAUUCACAACUUGAAUGGGCCGAGCAACCAUAUAUUGAUGCUGCAACGUCUGUAUUAUUUUAGAGACAUCAAAGAAGUUAUGCAGUAUUUGAGACUCACAACCAAAUCUCUGUGACCUCAGUAUCUCUGUGAAGAAAAAGUUUCUAUUUGUUUUUUUUUCUUUUCUAAUUUCUGUAUUUUUGCAAGCCUUCAUAACAUGUGCUAUACUGUACGUACUGUACCUUGAAAGAAAGAUUUUAUUAAAAUUGUGAAAUAGUAAAACAAAA